AUAUCCACCCGAAGAGAACACCAGAAAGAAUCUGGAUCAUUUCCUUCUCCCCCGCCCCGCUUGGAAGCAAUGGCUGCCGCAGGGGCCGCAGCAGCAUACCGUCCAUCUCCCCUCAUCAAAACUAAUUCCUCAACUCUUUUCCAUCACCCGACAAAUUUCCCAAGAAAAACGUUCUCCAUUCGCUGCUGCUCCCCAGAAAGAAAUCUCGGCAGCCACAACCCGCCCAAGCUCGAUCUCGACCAUCCAUCCAUCAACCCCACCCCCCAGCCCCCCAGCCCAGCUUUCCAAAGCCCACCCUUCUCCUCCACCCCUCCCCCAUCCUCCCGCGGCCAGGUGUUCGACGUUGGCCCCGCCAACUCCUGGGACGGCAACGAUGUCGGCUCCCCGGUCGUCAAGCGGUUCGUCGGUGACGACGAGGAGCGGUGGCUCAUGUGGUACCACGGCGGCGCCGACGGCAACUCCAUUGGUUUGGCAGUCUCCAACAAUGGGAUCCACUGGGAGAGAGGGCCCGGCCGCGCCGACGCCGGCGACGACGUGGGCCAGGUCAUGCGCCGGAGCGUCGACUGGUGGGCCUUCGACACCGAGAGCGUCCGGCCCUCCGACGUCCUCAUCAUGUCCAGCGCCAAGCUCCGAGGUCCGGGCGCCGUCUACUGGCUCUACUACACGGGGUUCAGCCAGGAGAAGGUGGAGAAUUCGAGCAUGGCUUGUGGCGAAGUUUUCAAGUCAUUGCCGGGUCUGGCCAUCAGCCAAGACGGCCGGCAUUGGGCGAGGAUCGAAGGCGAGCACCACAGUGGCGCACUCUUCGACGCCGGGAUGGCCGGAGAGUGGGAUGCUCUGUUUGUAGCUGCACCCAAAGUAGUCUUCCAUGGUCCCAGCGAUCUUAGGAUGUAUUAUCAUUCAUUUGAUCCUGAAUGUGGGCAAUUCGCAAUCGGCAUUGCGAGGUCAAGGGAUGGAAUCAGGUGGGUGAAGCUCGGAAAGGUGCUCGGCGGCGGAGCUGAUGGAGAUUUCGAUGAUGCCGGCACGAGGUACGGGCACGUCGUGAGGGAUGAGAGACACGGAAGGUACCUCAUGGCGUAUGAAGGUGUUUGCAAAAAUGGCAGAACGAGCAUUGGGUUGGCAGCGUCGGGGGAUGGGCUGAAGGAAUGGAGGCGGUGCGGAGACCGGGCGGUGUUGGAACCAUCCAUGGAGGAGGAUGGGUGGGAUGGCAGAGGGGUGGGCGAUCCAUGCCUGGUUCAAAUGGAUAGAGAGGGCGAAUGGAGACUGUAUUAUAGAGGCAUUGGCAGGAAUGGGAGGACAGGAAUUGGAGUGGCUGUUUCUGAAGGGCCUGAACUUGCUAGUUUCAAGAAAUGGAUGGGAUUUCACAUAUAGAAUGAGAUGAAUUUUUGGCAUUUUGAUAUCAACUUUCUCAUCCGUAUGUUGCAUUCAAAUGGAUUUGGCAUUGACAAGCAAUGGUUUGCUUUAAUGGAUUCACCUACAGAAGUUUUUGAAAGACGGAUGACAGUUCUUCCAUGCAAAAGUAAAUGCUCAGUUGAAUUCGACAUACUUGUAAUAUUUGAUAAUACAAGAGCCUGCAGUAUCCGGAGAGGAAGAAAUAGGGCUGCAGAUUGUUUGCAAUAAUGCUUACACCCCAAAUUCUCUUUUGGUGGUCGCGCUUGUGUACCUGUUUAUUUGAAAUCCCUGCAGAUCUAUUCUCUAUUCCAACCCUUAUUCUGGGCUAUUUCUUCAACCAAACAUGCCAAAAUAGCUUCAAUCAUAUUUUAUUACCAUCAACUUAUCUCUGUGCUAGUAUUACCAUCAACUUUAUAUUCUUUCCAUAGAGAUGCGGUAUGAUAAUCUUAAGAUCUGCUAAAAUGAUUUGAACAUGACCAGAAUCAUUCUGCAUUUAUUCAAAUAUAAGUCUCUGACUAAACAUCACAAUAUUCGUUAUGAUGUCUCUUCAUUACCUACAUUUCAAGUUUUACUCAGCUACCAACCAAACAUGGAGUUAAUCGCAAA